UUGUUGAAUCAUGAUUUUGCUUGAGAAAUGUUAAUGUGCAGGAAGUAAGAUAGGAAUAUGGGAAACGCAAACGUAAAAGCAUAGAAUUAGUACUUUGCUUGAGAAGUUUAAACGUGAAUAGAUUGCAAUACUUGACGUGAGAUGUUGGCAUGUAAAGAAAAAUAAAAUGAUAUGGAAUCAUUCAACUUUAUAUUUUUGUAGUAUAUAUAUAGUCACAAAUCACAACAACUAAACUCCAAACUUGCAAUAACCAUCCAAACAUCUUUUCUGUAACCAUGAGUUCGGUCCAGCAUUCUCCACUUUCUCCCCUCUUUUGCCCUUUCCAUCGAUUACACUGCCUUUUCGAUCCUUAUAAUGAGCUCACGAUAAUCAACAUUUCUUGUUAUCUUCCAAAUGUCGAAGGCCACCACCUUUACCCACUUUAUUGGUGCAAUAACAAAGAAUCAGGAGAUGAGUCUUUGUGUCAUGCUUGUACAUUUAAAGGAAUUGGUACAACCUAUUACUUUUGCCACGAAUGUGAGGUAUCAUUCCACAAAGAAUGUGUCGAGUCUCCCCCUCUAAUCAAAUCUAUUUAUCACUCUAAACACCCUCUCCAACUAGUUCAAGAUGAAUCUGCAGGUAUAUAUUGUUCUCAUUGUGAAAGUCGUUCUAGCUAUCAAGACGCAAAGUUAUAUUAUUACUGUUUUACUUGUAAGUUUAGUUUGCAUCCUGUUUGCGCGACAACACCCUCGUUCCUUAACUUUCCAAAAAGGCAUGAGCAUGACCUCAACUUCUUUCCGAGAAAAGCUGAUUUGACAUGUGACGUUUGUGGGGUUGUUGAUAGCAAACCUCUCAUUUACGUGUGUCUUCAAUGUGAUUUUGUUGUCCAUAAAAAUUGUAUUUACUUACCAUUUGUCAUAAGAAUAUCCCGUCAUGACCACCGUCUUUCUUUUGCAUAUUCUAUCUCUAGAAUAUUGUCUUGUGGAGUUUGUCGUCAAAAAGUUGACGAAAACUAUGGAAGUUAUUCUUGCACGAAAGAUUGCAGUUACACAGUGCAUUCCAGGUGUGCAACUCGGGAAGAUGUGUGGGAUGGAAAAGAACUUGAGGAAGAACCGGAAGAAGACUAUGAAAAUUUGAAUUCUUUUGAAGUGGUAGGUGAUGGAAUUAUACAACAUUUCAGCCAUUCACAUCACAUGAAGUUUGAAAAGAAGACCACUGAAAAUUUGUAUGAUGAUGAUGAAAAGCGAUGUCAAGCAUGCAUACUUCCAGUCUAUGGUGGUGGCGUUUACAGAUGUAUGAAAUCCAACUGUGAUUUUGUACUCCAUGAAGCAUGUGCAAAUCUUCCCCGGACAAAACAACAUAUAGCACAUCCCAAUCCUUUUAUUCUACAAGUGAGUGACACCAAAAAUAUUUUCUUGUGUGAAUAUUGUCAGCGUUGUUUGUAUGGUUUCAGAUAUGUGUGUAGCAAAGGAGAUGAGUCUAUAAGUAUAGACGUGCGAUGUGCUGCAAUAUCUGAGCCAUUUGUCCAGCAAUGCCACCCACAUCCCUUGUUCUUAAGCAAUGAACUUGGAAAAUCUAGACCAUGUUCAAUCUGCGAAAACGAGAAAGUUCAAACUUUGAAUUGUAUUGAAUGCAUCUUCUUUUUGUGCUUCUAUUGUGCUACACUCCCUUAUAAAGUGAGAUAUGAGCAUGAUGAGCAUUUCCUCACCCUUUCUUACAAAGAGAAUGAAAGUCUCAAUUGGUGUGAGAUUUGUGAGGAAAUUAUGGAUUCAACCAUAUGGCUUUAUACAUGUCAUGAAUGUGGGACCGUUUUCCAUAUCCCAUGUUUACUAGGAAAAUGUCCACCUUAUGUCAAGCCUGCUCAAAAUCUCUCGUUUAAUGGUACAAAAUGUAAUAUAGUCCCGAACAAUCGUCUCACUCGACUCAUCUGCUAUGACUGCGACGGGCGUUGCCAAGAUAAACUAAUGCUCGAAUUUUAUGAUGAGGAUGGAAGAAAUCUAUUUUGUUAUCGUCACUGGGAAGUGGCCGAUUUAAGUGCAUGAAUCUGAGUGCUCGUCACUGGGAAAAAUAAUACUAAAUUAUAGUAUGUUUUAGUUGGUAUUAUCAUUAUGUGUUGCUUUUACGAGUCUGUAUUAAGGUAGUUUGUAUAUAAUAUUAAAGUUUACUUGUAAUACAUCGUAAACAUUGAAACUCUCUUAUGUAAUAUAAGAAAUAUGCAAGUUGUCAAAUUG